AUGUUAAUAAAUGAAUUUGCAGUUAAUGUAUCUAAUAGUAAACCAUGCAGAAAUUAUAAUGAUGGGCAAAUGUUUUUAGAUAUGAAGUUGGAAAAUAAAUUAAAUGAAAAUGAUUGCAUAGCAUUUGAUGGUGGUUACUACUACUAUAUUAAAAAAUCUAUAGAUAAUUGCGAUAGAAAAGGAAAUGAUAAAAUAAAUCUUAAUAAUUUUAUGUUUAAUAAUAAUGAAAGUACUAUAAAAGUUUACAGAUUUAAAAUAUAUAAUGUACAAAUAAAAUUAUCACUUCUAUUAUUAAAUAUUCAAAAGUUUUGUCAGUUAUAUAAUAUACCUAAUAAACCAAAUCAUCUGUUAUGGGUUAAUGAAAACUUUGAUUAUCCUAAUCCUAAUAGAAAUAAUAAUAUAAAUAGCAUUAUAUAUGAAUUUGAUAUAUUAAGAAUUACAGAUAUGACUAAUCAACAAGAUGCAUUUAUUUGA